AUGUUUGGGCAUGGAUGCAAAUGGGUUCUUCAAAUAGAGACCCAUCUCGUCGACUAUUCUUGCUACUUUGCUUCUGCAUUGACGAGAGCCGUAGCCUGGCUUCUCACCAUGAAUACAUAUUCUCCGGUGAGAGGAGAGCAGCCUUCUGUUGAGGUAUUCGAGAUCUUCCCAAUCUCUGAUAUGGAACCGAAGACUUUGACAACGAACCUCUCCGUCCUUUGUAACGCUUCACAGCAAGAUUCGAAAGCUGCAUGUAUCCGCCAGAAUCAGUCGACCUUACACAGCUUGCCACUCCUCAAGUCAGAAGUCGAAGCUACGCCAUGGAGAACAAAGAAAGUGGAAGCACCGAUCGCAUCCAAAGGAAACGCACGAGAACAGGCUGCCUGCGAUGUCGCACGCGGCGACGAAAAUCGCUGCAUUGACACCGAGUCGGAGUGUAUCUAUGGGCAGCGUCUCUCGUUCCUGCAGAAGAAUGCUUUUACCCUCUCUCCUGACGGCGGCGAUGGUUCAUCAUCCAGCAGUCCCAGAGGAACCACCAGAGCUGCCAGGAAAAAAGAUGUUGGUCGAAGUGAAGAGGCAUCCACUUCAGCCGCUCGUGUCCCUGCCAACGUAGAAGAGCGCACUGGUACGCAUCAUGUCUUGCGUCCCAAUGGUGGAACGAAAGCGACUUCAAGUGCUUCUUCGAGUGGCCAGCAGAAUCUUUGCCUUGACUCUGGCGCCUCAAAUGAUGAUUCUGGAAGAAUUAUCGACAAGACUCAAGAUGUACAGGCACAGAACGAUGCCUCUUCUCACGGUCUUGAUGGCCACGACCGUCAAUAUAUAGGGACCAGCCAUGGAGAUAGUUACGAAAUUGCACUGGAUGUACUGAUGAACCUUGGAACCGGUGAUCCAAGUGCGGAUACACUGACUCCGGGGACUCCCACUUUCGAGAAUCGUGCGGCAGACAACGUGGAAUCUCCUCCCUUGACACUCAGGAACACAGACGACUUUGGCCCAUUGAGUGUCAACGUACAACAUCAACUCUCGUCAGCACGGACAAUCGAACUGCUGAGGCACUACAGAUACAAAAUUGCGCCAUGGACCUUUGGCCUUGCCAUUCCGCAUCUUGCAACGAGGUCCGACGUGUCAUUUGACGCACUCUUGCAAUUAUGUGCUACUUCUAAAGCAAACAAUCCCCAUGAACAGAUAUCAAGUCACAGCCAUACAUCAAGCGGAGACCAUAGCGCAUAUUCUGCCCAGUAUGAUCUUGGACAUACUAAUAUGUGGGAAGUCAAGCUUCGGUCAAUUCUUAUAGCUACAAAGGAUUUCCUCAUUGACCCUCCCAAAUCCUGGGAUGAUGCACUGGCACAGAAUAGAUCUCUGCAGAUGAUCUGUUCCGACGGAGAGAACAGUCCACUGCAAGGACAAAAUGGAUGUAUGCUAUGGUUGCUUGCGAGAUUAGGUGAGUGA